CCCCCGGUGGAGCCGCCUGGAAGGGGCCGGGCGGCGCAGAGCCCACGAGGCUGCCGUGAGCGACGGGCUCUGCGGCCAGGCCGGCCCCGCACCUCCCCGCGGCCAUGGGGGCGCUCGGCCUGGCCGUGCUGCGCCUCUCGCUCCUCGCCGCCGCCGCGCAGGCCGCCAGCCAGGUGUUUGGCGACAUGGACCAAGUGCGGAUGACGUCGGAGGGCUCCGACUGCCGCUGCAAGUGCAUCCUGCGGCCUCUCAGCAAGGACGCCUGCAGCCGCAUCAAGGAUGGCAGCAUGCGGGUGGAGGAUUUCUACACGGUGGAGACGGUGAGCUCGGGGGCCGACUGCAAGUGCUCCUGCACGGCCCCGCCCUCCUCGCUCAACCCCUGCGAGAACGAGUGGAAGAUGGAGAAGCUGAAGAAGCAGGCGCCGGAGCUCUUCAAGCUGCAGUCCAUGGUUGACCUGCUGGAGGGAACGCUGUACAGCAUGGAUUUGAUGAAGGUCCAUUCAUACAUCAACAAAGUGGUCUCCCAGAUGAAUACUCUGGAGGAGACCAUCAAGACGAACCUGAGCAGGGAGAAUGACUUCAUGAAGGAGAGUGUUGUGCACCUGACCAACCAGAUGAAGCGCUAUGAGAACUACUCCGACAUAAUGAUCAGCAUCAAGAAAGAGAUCUCCAACCUGGGCUACCAGCUGCUGCAGAAGGACGCUGCUGCCGUCCCCGAGAGCAACGCCCAGGACACGGCCAGGGGCAAAGGCAAGGAGGCGAGCAAGUAUCCCAGCGCCCGCAAGAGCCUGGGGGACAAGGCAGCUGUGAGAGCCCCCAAGGAGAAGCUGCCGAAAACGGAGAAGCCCAAGAAGGAGAUUCUGAGGGUCAGACUGGGCGCAUCGCAGCCCACCGCCAAGCCCAAGCCCUCUGUCCACCAGCAAACCGUCAUCCGGGGCAUCACCUACUACAAGGCUGCCAAGCAGCAGGAGGCCGAGGGCCUGGUCAUCAACCGAGAAAGCCCCGGGAAAGGGAGCCCUCGGAUGGACCGACCAGAGGAGAGGAACCCCGAGUCCUAUGCUGCUGCGGAGGCCCAGGGGAGAGUCGGCGAGCAGGCAGAGACCACUGCUGCCCGCUCCACUCAGCCCCCCAGCACCACCCGGGCCCCCAGCACCACCCGGGCCCCCAGCACCACUACCCGGAGCCCACCGGUCACCGUCCUCUCCAUGGGGGACAAUGCUGAAGGCACCAAAGAGCUGGAAGCGACUAACCAAGUGAAAGAAGUGCAGUGUGAGGGCACCAUCGAGUCUGUGGAGCCACCCGUGAAGCACCACAGCUACGGGCGUAACGAGGGAGCGUGGAUGAAGGACCCUGCGGCCAAAGACGACAGGAUCUACGUCACCAAUUACUACUAUGGCAACAACCUGGUGGAGUUCAGGAGCCUUGACAACUUUAAGCAAGGGCGUUGGAGCAACCUGUACAAGCUCCCUUACAACUGGAUCGGGACCGGCCACGUGGUCUACCAGGGGGCGUUUUACUACAACCGCGCCUUCACCAAGAACAUCAUCAAGUACGACCUGAAGCAGCGCUUCGUGGCUGCCUGGGCCCUGCUUCAUGACGUGAUGUACGAGGACACCACGCCCUGGAAGUGGAGGGGCCACUCGGACAUCGACUUUGCAGUGGACGAGAGCGGACUGUGGGUCAUUUACCCCUCUGUGGACUAUGACUACUCCCAGCUGGAGGUGAUCGUCCUGAGCAAGCUGGAUCCCAGCGACCUCUCCGUGAAGAAGGAGACCACCUGGAAGACAGGCCUCAAGCGCAACUCCUACGGGAACUGCUUUAUCGUCUGUGGCAUCCUGUAUGCCGUGGAUGUGUACAACCAGAAGGAUGGGCAGAUCUCCUAUGCCUACGACACCCACACGGACACUGAGGCCAACCUCAAGCUGCCCUUCCUCAACGAGUACUCCUUCACCACGCAGAUUGACUACAACCCCAAGGAGAAGGUCCUCUAUGCCUGGGACAACGGCCACCAAGUGACCUACAGACUGCACUUUGUGGUCUGAGCAGCAGGCCCUGUGUCUCGGCGUAUGUUGGUCCUACCCCAUCAAGCCCUUUUAGCUGUGUGUCCAGGGGCAAGGCGCCUCCGUGUGCCUCACACCUUUUCUGCACUUGGGCUGCAAACAAAUCCACACACUCGCACACCCACUGCCACAGACCUCUAACAGCCUUUGUGAGUCAGUCGUUGCCAGAAAACAGGCAAACUGGCCUGGUGCAGCCAGGCCUUGGCCUGGAUCAGUGCCUUGCAGGAGAAGACCUCUGUGCUGUCCCAGCACCGGAUCCAAAGAGCUCUCCAACCAGCCAAAUCCCAUUCCCCUCCUAAGAUCAGUCUUAGCCAUUCUCCCUGGAUCCUCCAGAACCAGGUGGUAGCUGGGGGAAGGUGCAAAUGGGAUCUCUCCCUAGGUUUCUAAGGCCAGCCAUUUCCUCAGCAUCUUGGGCUCAGCUUUCCACCCUUGUCUAAGUCCAGUGCUAAGUACUGCGCAUGCAGAUUUUACAUGGUGGGUGGAGGUAACAGGGACGUCGUUUCCCUACAUUCCAGCCCUAGGUUGGAGGCUAGGGAAAGAGUUCCCCAUACACCCUCCCCUAGAAGCACAGCCAUUGGUGGUAUUAAUUCACUCAGUCCCCACAAAGCCUUGGACCCAUUCUCCUCCAUCACCAACUGAUGGCUUUAAGCCCCUUUCAUUCAAUGGUCAGUGUGUUUCAGCCUCCUAGAUUCAUUCCUGAAAGCCACCUCAGCAUUUGCUGAAAUUGCUUGUCUCAUGUAACCAAACCUAAAUGGCCAGGGGAUCUCUUUCUGUAAGUCCUGGUGCUGACACCAGGGAUAGCGCCAAUGCAUUUCCAGGCAGGUCCACGUAAGGGAAGGUCUUAUUUAAAUGAUCAGCCAUCUGGCCACUGAUCUAUACUCUGCAUUGUCUCCUGUAAAUAGUGACCCCGUGUAUUCCUGUACGAUGCUGUAGCUUGUGGUGCCGGGUGCCAGAUUCUGGAGUGGUGUUGCUCCCUUCUCCCAGCUGUCCACUGCCCAAGCCAGUGUGGGGUGAGCAGAGCUCUCAUUGCAUGUCAGUCUGGACGGGACUGAGCUCUCUCUGAGCGCCCAGUGGGAGGGAGGGGUGUGCUCUGGCUCUGCACUGCAGCUGUAACCCCAGGGGGUGGAACAUCUUGGGUUGCUAGCAGGAGUUAGGAUCCUUUUCCUGUAUUCCCCUUUCUGCUGCCAGUCGCUUUGUUACGUUCACAGGGUGAGCAGCACCUGCUGCAGCCCACCAAACAGAAACUCAGGUGCCGUGUCUCCGAGUGGCUUGGUGCCAUGGGCAUCCUGCCCCAGCCACAGAGCACUUGCCAUGCAGCCUGCAUGGUGCCCACUCUGCCCAGAGCCUGCCUGCUACAGUCAAGAUAUUUCAUGUGCAUAAAAUUUGCAACAUCAGUAUUCUUUGUAGAGGACAUCCCCUGGGGUCCCACUGUUUCCCUUCCCCUUACAAGGUCUAAGUCUUGGUUACCUUCCCUCAAUCCUGUCUGCGAAUGGCUAGCUAUAUGGUCUACUCCAGAGCCCAGCCCCUGGUGACAUGGCUGCCUGCAGUAGAGACCCCAAAGGGGAAUGAAAGACACAGCAGAUAAUUAGAUGAAUUCAGCUACUGGAGCAGAAGAAUCUCUCAAAGCUAGAGACUAGCUCAAACCAGCUGGCCCAGCACUUCACCCAGCGCGCAGACUGGCAGCGCCACAACUGAUUACACUUCCUAGAAGCAUUCCAUCCUCAGAACUCCCUCUCACUGGCCCAGGGCAGAACCUGUGCGAACGUUGGGUAAGAGCUGGCUUUGCCAACCUGGCCUUUCGGGGGUCUUGCAUACAGCACGGUGCUCCCUGCCCCCUCUGCUGAAGCCCACACCAAGCGCCCCUCCGCAGCACCAGCACCGGGCACUCCCCAGGGACAGUGGCCGAGAGAAUAUUUUGUGUCUGUGUAGCUGCCUUGUAACACAACUCAGCAAGAAGGAGGGAGCAGCCCCACAUGCCCAUCCAGUUCCCCAUGGCCCUGGCAAGCGGUGUGUGCUUUGGGCCAUCCGCGUGCUCCCCCAUGGCUGGGCGUCCAUGGGAUGAGCUUGGGACCGAUGUGGCCUUCCCCACAACAAAGCGCACUAAGCAGACAGUGCUGCUGUGUUUGACAGCGAUGUGCAGGCACGAGAGGCUGGCCCACUCUGUGCCAUAAGCCCGAGGGACCAGCCCAGCCCAGGCCCCAGAACCGUCAGGUAUUUCCCACCCCCAGGCUCACCAGCAGGGUCCAGACAGACUUUCGAAUUCUGAGUCGGGUGCUAUGUUUUAUUUCUAGCUUGUGGGAAGGUUAUAAAGCCAAAGCUGGCUGAGGCAAGAAGGGCAGACAUUGGCACUGACUCCCACCCCCUAAAACAGUAUUAGCCUGUGACACAGAUGGCUUUGAACUUGCCUGGGGUUGGCCUGUUCCUAACACCGAGGUUUGCACAGAAAUGCCUUUCCCGAGGGGAAGGGUCACUGUGCUUCCCAGCAUGGAACACGGGCUGUUUUCCUUUGCUGGCCAUUGCAAAGAGCAGAGUGGGGUUUGUAAUCUCUCUGCUCUCCCUGGCACAGGUCUGAGUUCACAGCCUGUGCCUGAUACUCCAGCUGAGGGGAGUGGGAGCGUGGCCAGGCACUCAGACAAUCUCUGAGGGUUUUGCCUGAGCCCUGCUAAACUUUCCCCCAUCGUUGAUCGUCCCCAGUGCAUCUGGGGGGGGGGGGGAGAUGCUGCUAGGUCUCCUCCUCCCACUGCUGGCGUCAGUCAGCCGCAGGCUGUCCCCUGAUGUCCCCAGGACCGUGGCAAGGUGGAGGCUGGGAAGAGAGCCGUGCUGGGGAAGGCCAGGAGGAGGAAGUGGGGUGUCGGGGGGCUGGUUGCAUGGGGAGGCUGCUCAGAGCGGAGGGCUGCGAUCAGACCUCAGCUCUCCUGUGCUGAGCACUAGAGGCAGAUGACCUGCACCAUUCCAGGGUGUGCAGCACCCCUUCCAAUGCCCCCUUGCACCUCUCAGCAGCUCUUCCAGCCCGGGCUGCUCCUGGAGUCCCACAGCCAGCGCAGUGAGACCAUCGUCAAAAUGCAUUUCCUUCAAUGUCCCAGCGGCCCAGGCGUACAAGUGCCUUAAUAUGCCACUUACAGGUGCUGCUGUCCCGCAAAUCAGCCUUACUCUAAUGCCCCAAGGGCAGGGGUUUGAGCGCGCUCCGGCAAGAGGGGUUGAUUUGGGUUACUUUGUCCCGGCAUCAGCAGCAACCAUCUACUGCUAGUUUAGAAGAUGUGAUGAAGCCAUCCCUGCUUUCUGCAGCUCCUUAGCUUACCACUGAUGUGCACUCAGGGCAGCAACCCAGAACCCGCUCACCUGGCAAACAAAGGCUCAGCAGUGCUGGCUGUUAACUCCACUUAGAGUAAUGACGCCUGGAAAAGGAACAAGGCUGCAAAUGGCAAGCCGUGUACGUUGUCCAGACAGUGUUUGCUGUGUUCACGGGCUCCCAGCUGUUGCGGGAGGGCUAGAACCAGGGAGUGCUUGGCUUGAUUUCCAGUCAUUCUUAGACGUGAACAAUAUUAAAAAAUAACAGGAUGAAAAA